AUGCAGAAAAUGAGCAACAUCUAUGAAUCAGCAGCAAAUACCCUGGGAAUCUUUAGCAGCCCAUGCCUGACUAAAGUAGAGCUGCGAGUUGCAUGCAAAGGCAUAUCAGACCGAGAUGCCCUUUCCAAGCCAGAUCCCUGUGUCAUCCUGAAAAUGCAGUCACAUGGGCAGUGGUUUGAGGUUGACAGGACAGAAGUGAUUCGAACCUGUAUAAAUCCAAUCUUCUCCAAGUUAUUCACAGUGGACUUCUACUUUGAAGAGGUUCAGCGGCUACGGUUUGAAGUCCAUGACAUUAGCAGCAACCACAAUGGCUUGAAAGAUGCAGAUUUUCUUGGUGGCAUGGAAUGCACUCUUGGACAAAUUGUUUCACAGAGGAAACUCUCCAAAUCCUUACUGAAACAUGGGAACACAGCAGGGAAAUCAUCCAUAACAGUGAUUGCUGAAGAAUUAUCUGGCAACGAUGACUAUGUUGAACUUUCAUUCAGCGCACGGAAAUUAGAUGACAAGGAUUUUUUCAGCAAAUCUGAUCCAUUUCUGGAGAUUUUCCGGAUGAAUGAUGAUGCCACACAGCAGCUCGUUCACAGGACUGAGGUUGUGAUGAAUAACUUAAAUCCAGCCUGGAAAUCCUUUAAAGUGUCUGUAAAUUCUCUGUGCAGUGGAGAUGAAGAUCGCAGACUAAAGUGCAUAGUUUGGGACUGGGAUUCCAAUGGCAAACAUGACUUCAUUGGAGAAUUUAGUUCAACAUUCAAGGAAAUGCGAGGAGCAAUGGAAGGGAGACAGGUACAGUGGGAGUGCAUAAACCCCAAGUACAAAGCAAAGAAGAAGAGUUACAAGAAUUCAGGCAUUGUCAUUCUUAACCAGUGCAAGAUCCACAAGAUGCAUUCUUUCUUAGAUUACAUCAUGGGGGGAUGCCAAAUACAGUUUACAGUAGCUAUAGAUUUCACGGCAUCAAAUGGAGAUCCCAGGAACAGCUGCUCUCUGCACUACAUCCACCCGUAUCAGCCUAAUGAGUACUUGAAGGCAUUGGUUGCUGUUGGGGAGAUUUGCCAAGACUAUGACAGUGAUAAAAUGUUCCCAGCCUUUGGUUUUGGAGCCAGGAUACCACCGGAAUAUAAAGUCUCGCAUGACUUUGCAAUCAACUUUAAUGAAGACAACCCAGAAUGUGCAGGGAUACAAGGAGUCGUUGAAGCAUAUCAGAGCUGCCUUCCUAAGCUACAGCUUUAUGGGCCAACAAACAUUGCUCCCAUCAUCCAGAAGGUGGCUAAAUCAGCCUCGGAGGAGACUAACACCAAGGAGGCAUCGCAAUAUUUCAUCUUGCUGAUUCUGACAGACGGCGUGAUCACAGACAUGGCUGACACCCGGGAGGCCAUCGUUCAUGCCUCCCACCUGCCUAUGUCAGUCAUCAUCGUUGGGGUUGGAAAUGCCGAUUUCAGCGAUAUGCAGAUGCUAGAUGGCGACGACGGGAUUUUGAGGUCCCCCAAGGGCGAGCCUGUUCUUCGAGACAUCGUCCAGUUUGUGCCAUUUAGGAACUUCAAACACGCAUCCCCAGCUGCACUAGCAAAAAGCGUUUUGGCUGAAGUUCCAAAUCAAGUGGUGGACUAUUACAAUGGCAAAGGGAUUAAACCAAAAUGUAUGUCAGAGUACGAGUCUUCCAGGACACUAGCGCCAUGA